GCGCAAACUCGAGUGAUGCAUAUCAUUGAGGGUGAGGAAAAACGUUUUUUUGAAACGAUCGAACAUGGUAUGCGCAUUUUGGAUCAUGAAAUCGAUACCUUAAAAGCCAAUCAUCAAACAGUGCUGAAUGCCGUGACAACUCUAAAUGAAGGGCAAAAAGGCACCGUCAUUCUUGAAAAAACUCCGUUUUAUGGGGAAAGUGGUGGUCAAGUUGGCGACCAAGGGGUUUUAACCGAGUCCAAUACGUUGAGUCCGAUGUUAUUUAAAGUUGAAGACGCGCAAAAAUUAAGGGCGGAUGUGAUCGCUCAUACGGGAACCUUGGUGGCUGGGACACUGAAUAUUGGUGACGAAGUGUGUGCCAAAAUUGAUUUGGCGCGGCGCAAAAAAGUGAUGCGAAACCACUCCGCCACACAUUUGCUUCAUAAAGCCUUGCGAGAUGUGCUUGGAGAUCAUGUACAACAAAAAGGUUCGCACGUGGACGAUUUACGGACGCGUUUUGAUUUUACCCAUGAUGCACCAGUCAGUAGCGAAGAAAUGCGCCGUAUUGAGAAUUACGUCAAUGCUGAGAUUUUAGCGAAUGUAGAGACCCAAAGUCGUGAAUUAUCCAUUGAAGAUGCCCAGAAAACGGGAGCAGUGAUGUUGUUUGGCGAAAAGUAUGGUGAUAUGGUUCGGGUGUUAGAUAUUGGCUCUUCCCGUGAAUUGUGCGGCGGAACACACGUGGGAAGAAGUGGUGAUAUCGGGCUAUUUAAAAUCAUGAGUGAAGGUGGCGUUGCCGCUGGCGUCAGACGAAUUGAAGCGGUGACGGCAACAGCAGCUCUAAUGCAAAUUCAGAAAAUUGAGAACCAAGUACAUGAAAUUGCUGCAACUGUAAAAGCCAACCCGAAUGAGGUGACAGAUCGAGUUUCACAGCUGAUAGAGCAAAAUAAGCAAUUUGAAAAAGAGUUGGCACAAGUUAAACAACAAUUGGCGCAUAGCCAGUCAGGUGGUAUGGCUAACUCCGCAGAAGAGGUAGGGAAUGGGGUAAAAGUAUUGGCAACGGUUAUUGGUAAUGCAGAUAUUGCCUAUUUACGGACGACUUUAGAUCAACUCAAAGAUAAACUUGGUACUGCUGCAAUUGUCUUGGCUUCUAUUGAAGGCGAUAAAGUUAAUUUGGUGACGGGCGUGACCCAUAACUUAACGGAUAAAGUUAAAGCAGGAGAACUGGCCAAUUUUGUCGCUUUGCAAGUGGGGGGGAAAGGUGGUGGUCGAGCCGAUAUGGCGCAAGCGGGGGGUACCGAUCCACACAAAUUACCUCAAGCACUGGCGAGUGUGAAAAACUGGGUACUAGAACGCGUUUGA